AUGAAUAUUAAAACACGUUUAUAUCGUUUACCGGUAUUAAAUGAUUAUAUUAAAUUAGAAUCAAUUGGUUAUAUUACUGCAGAUGAUGAACAUAUUUCAAUUAUCGAAUGUGAGUCUGAAUAUAGAGUUGCUAAACAAAAAGCUGUAAAAACUUUCAAUAAUAUUUCAAAUAAAUUAAAACGGAAAAAAAUUGUUAAUUGGACUCAUAAUCUUGAUGCAAUUGACGAGGAUAGAAUGUUUGAUACAUAUGUUUAA